AAAUGAGCGUAUUCUCCAAGUCUUAGGAGCCUUGGUGAAACCACCUGGAUGCUUGAAGUGUUUUGUCAGGUUUAAGGUGAAGUAAGCGAUGGACCUACAGGUGUACAGCUCUUUCUGCUGAGUUUCCAACAGAUUCCUGUCCAGGGUCAAAAGGCUCAGUUUGGAUUCUUUGUAGGGAUUGGGACACUGUCCCAAAUUGAUCCCUAACUUAUCACAGUUCGUAUCGGUGCAGUCUGAAGCCCAGGUUGUCAAGGAUUAUGUAAUCAACUUGUUAAUUUCUAAUCUUGUUACAGUGUUUUCCAGAUUUAUAAAACCAUUCCCUUCAGAGAAAUCUGUCUUCAGCGUCUGGUUAAAUAUUUCUCUUGGAAUUGGGUUCUUGAAGACAAUUCUGUAUGUGUGUUAAUUAAACAUACUAAUUAGACAAGUUUCUUUCAGAGAACAUCAAAUACAUAGCAAUUUUUCUGGCUGUCAGUGUAAAAUUGACCCAUUUUACAGACCUAGGGAUGAAAGAAAUUAUAUGACAUUCCCAAGGUCACAUAAUGAAGCUGGGUUAAAAAAAAAUCGAGGGCAUAGCACUGACUUAAUAUUCCUGUCCUCAAAGCUUUCUGAUCAGAAACUCUUAAGUGCCACUUUUUGACUUUUAAAUUUUUGCACAGCUAGUUAUUUUACUUUAUGCAGAAAUUUUCUUUUAUCCUUUUAUGCUCUUCUGAGUAAAUUUUAUAGUAUUCUGAGUAAAUUUUAAUGAAUAAUUGCAGUAUGACACAUUUGAUUAAACAAUGAUUCUCAACCUUCCUAGUGCUUGGACCAGUACAUUUCCUCAUGUUGUGGUGACUCCUAACCAUAAAAUUAUUUUCAUUGCUACUUCAUAACUAUAAUUUUGGUGCUGUUAUGAAUCACAAUGUAAAUAUCUGUGUUUUCUGAUGGUCUAAGGUGACCCCCACGAAAGGGUCGUUUGAAAGCAAAGAGGUCGCAGCUCACAGUUGAGAGCUACUGGUUUAAAACAUCCAAGAACUGGGAAGUUACACUGAUUUUUAUUUUUACUUCUAUAGAGCAGACAGACAUACAGAUUAGGUCUUUAUGUAGUGAUCUUGUAACUUAAUCACAUAAUCCUAAAAGGAAGCCUUUUAACUGUCCUUUAAUUAAAAUUGAAGGACAUUUGUGUUGUUUUUACUGGGCAUGUCUACACUAAAGUGAGGUUGCUUAUCUCCUGUUGAAAGUGAAACUAACUAGAAAAGGCUAUUUGGGGGAUAUAAGUGAGUGGCUAUGAUUCUAAGCACUGGUAUUAAAUAAAACAUAAUUUAUUUCCUAUUGCACCUUUCUGAGCAUCAGUUCAUUAUACUGCCUAGGAUGAAAAAAGGUAUGUGAAUUUUCUACACAGCCCGGAUUUUCUGACUUAAACACAUAGGUGAGAAAUACUGAAGGCUUACUUUAACAGCAUCCCAGCCACAAGAUAGAAUGUUUAGCUAAAACACAUUUUUGUAGGAAAACUAACUCAGCACCAAGUAAUAUCAGUACUUGAGCAUCAGAGAUAGGAAGGAUCAAAAUUCAAGUCCAGCUUGGGCUACAUAGUAUGUGUGGCAUCUCAGGAAUAAAAGCACACACACAAACACACUCUCCUGAAACAUGUGAUCUCUCUCUCACAGACACACACACACUCACACUCCCAGCCCUGGGGAGGCUGAGAUAAGGAGAAUCAUGAGUUCGAAACUGGCCUGGGUUUCGUAGCAAGUGCAAACAUAGUAAGACCUUUCCUCAAAAUACAACAAAGUCCUGCUGUUCAGGAUGCAGGUACUCCCCAUUAUGUGCAGACAAAAGUCUUAGGUCUACUAGGGUAGAAAGGCUGAGUAGAUGUGGGAGGAUAAACUUAUAAGGAUAAGGAUGAAUUCCUAGAGUUUUUAUCUGUUUGGAAGGUUCCAGGGUAGAAGGGUAGCAGUAGGAGAAAGCAGAAACCAGUUUCUGCCCUUAGGUUCUUGGAAGCAAGCUAUUGUGGAACACUAAGGUAAACUAGCAGAAGGAUUGCUUUUGACAGGAAUAGAGCAGGAGGCAGUGAACGAACAGUAGGGGGUGCUACUCACUGAAGGCCAGUCUCAAAGGCUAGCAUUCCAGGCAGGGAGUUGAGGGAGCAGGAGGUCAGACUCACUGUGAGAAAAGGAGUUGAGGUGGACACAGCACAACUGCACAGCACAUUCUGUAAAACAUUUGUAAAGGGAGGAAGGUGUGACGCCAACUUUGGGAUGUGUUGGCUUUUGUUGUUUGGGAAGAGCCACACUGUCAAAUCCGUGAGGUCUGGUAGCCUUGGGAGAGAGCACUGCAGGUGUGGUCUGCCUGGGAUGGGCUGGAACUGAACUGUUAUUUUCACAGAAUUAUUUCCUCAUCUGCUUUUCUGCACAUCUGUUUUGGGCUGUGGUCUUUCACCCCUUGGGAAACCAUUUCUUGCCUUUGGUAGGAGAGGACCCUGCUGACAGAUUCCUUCUCCGUCCUCCCUGAACACUCAUCUCUCCAUUGUCACUUCAAGAGCCUCCCAGGAAUUUCCUUCGGCACCUCCAGAAUUUGGCCUGUGCGCAGCAGGCUCUUCCAUGUUUAUCAGUCCUCUCUCCCUUUCUUAGGCUGAGACCCCCCAGUCUGCUGCUGAUAGCAACUCAGUCCAGGGCAACUCAGUGACAGGGCAUGGUCCAUUCAUGGGACAUGUCGUCUCCAGGUGCAAAAUGAGAGAGUUCACCUAUCUAUUUCUGUUCACCACUCAAUUGCAGAUUUGCCUACACCAUUUAUUGUUGGGUAUGAAGUCAGCAUCCCAGCACACCAUAUGACUGAUAUGGUAACUGGUCAAACACAGCUCCAGUGAGCCUGGUUUUCUCAGUUGUUGAUAUGUGCUUACUUUCUCAGGCAACUCCUUGAAGGCUGAUUGCUUUGGUUCUUGUAUCCCCAGGUGGGAGCCAUGCCUGAUACAGUAUGUGCACUCAAGACGUGCCUUCAUCAGUUAAAAUGACUUAUAAGCCCAUUAAUGGAAAACAUGCCUGUUUUAAUACAGCUAGGCUGGACUUCCCUUGUUUUUCAGGCAUACAGUUUUGGAGCUAGGAGGAAAUUCAGUUCUCUGUCAGCAUCUGUAGAUGUUGUCCUCCUCCUUCUCCAGUCUGAGGAGAAACAACAAAUACUGGUAACAGAGUGAUUUGGUAUGCUGUUUGCAAGAAUGCAUCUUAACAGAAAUACAGAGGAAAAGAAUAAAGACGAGAAAAUGGCGUAGGCAGUCCCAAGAAAUGUUUUGAAGGUGAAAGUUGAAUUUGCAAAAAUAUGCAGCAUAUACUUAGACAGGUAUCCAUUAUGAUGUUGACAAUGAAGGCCUUAUUUCCAACAGAUAUACUCAUAUGAGAAGACCCACUUCAAGCACUUUUAAGUAUCUUUCUGUUUGUUGAACCAGCAUGGCAGGGUUCAAGCGAGGAUAUGAUGGGAAAAUUGCUGGAUUAUAUGAUCUGGAUAAAACCUUGGGUCGAGGUCAUUUUGCAGUGGUCAAACUUGCCAGGCAUGUCUUCACAGGUGAGAAGGUGGCAGUGAAAGUCAUUGACAAGACGAAGCUGGACACUCUAGCCACUGGUCAUCUCUUCCAGGAAGUGAGGUGCAUGAAACUAGUGCAGCACCCCAACAUUGUGCGUCUCUAUGAAGUCAUAGACACCCAGACCAAACUUUAUCUCAUUCUAGAACUUGGAGAUGGAGGAGAUAUGUUUGAUUAUAUAAUGAAGCACGAGGAGGGUCUUAAUGAAGACUUGGCCAAGAAGUACUUUGCUCAGAUAGUUCAUGCUAUAUCUUAUUGCCAUAAACUCCAUGUGGUCCACAGAGACUUGAAACCAGAGAAUGUAGUCUUUUUUGAAAAACAAGGUCUUGUGAAGUUGACAGACUUUGGCUUCAGCAACAAAUUUCAGCCUGGAAAGAAACUCACCACGAGCUGCGGGUCUCUUGCAUACUCUGCUCCAGAAAUCCUGCUUGGCGAUGAGUACGAUGCCCCUGCAGUAGACAUAUGGAGCCUGGGCGUGAUCCUUUUCAUGCUGGUGUGUGGGCAGCCACCCUUCCAAGAAGCCAACGACAGCGAGACACUGACCAUGAUCAUGGACUGCAAGUACACGGUGCCACCCCGCGUGUCUGCAGGGUGCAGGGACCUGAUCACACGAAUGCUACAGAGAGACCCCAAAAGGAGAGCCUCUCUGGAAGAGAUUGAAAGCCACCCUUGGCUCCAGGGAGUGGACCCAUCACCAGCCACCAAGUAUAACAUUCCCCUCGUGUCCUACAAGAACCUCUCCGAGGAAGAGCACAACAGCAUCAUCCAGCGCAUGGUGCUCGGGGACAUCGCGGACCGAGACGCCAUCGUAGAAGCCCUGGAAACCAACAGGUACAACCACAUUACCGCCACUUACUUUUUACUUGCUGAAAGGAUCCUGAGAGAAAAGCAAGAGAAAGAAAUACAGACCAGGUCUGCUAGCCCCAGCAACAUCAAGGCCCAGUUUAGGCAGUCAUGGCCAACCAAAAUUGAUGUACCCCAAGACCUUGAAGAUGAUCUCACUGCCACCCCUCUGUCACAUGCCACAGUCCCGCAGUCUCCUGCUAGGGCUGGUGACAAUGUCCUCAAUGGCCACAGGAGCAAAGGCCUGUGUGACCCAGCCAAGAAAGAUGAGCUCCCGGAGCUGGCUGGGCCGGCACUGUCCACUGUUCCACCUGCAAGCAUGAAGCCCGCAGCCAGUGGGCGCAAGUGUCUCUUCAGGGUGGAAGAAGAUGAGGAGGAGGAUGAGGAGGACAAGAAGCCUGUGUCCCUGUCCACGCAGGUGGUGCUGCGCCGGAAGCCAUCGGUCACCAAUCGCCUGACGUCUCGCAAGAGUGCCCCAGUGCUCAACCAGAUCUUCGAGGAGGGCGAGUCAGACGACGAGUUUGACAUGGACGAGAACCUGCCGCCCAAGCUGAGCCGGCUGAAGAUGAACAUUGCCUCACCAGGCACAGUGCACAAGCGCUACCACCGCAGGAAAAGCCAGGGCCGGGGCUCUAGCUGCAGCAGCUCUGAGACCAGCGAUGACGACUCCGAGAGCCGGCGGAGGCUGGACAAGGACAGCGGCUUUGCUUACUCGUGGCACCGGCGUGACAGCAGUGAGGGGCCACCAGGCAGCGAGGGCGAUGGUGGCGGCCAGAGCAAGCCUAGCAGCGGUGGCGGUGUGGACAAGGCCAGCCCGGGUGAGCAGGGCACGGGUGGUGGCAGCCAGGGAGGCUCUGGUGGGACCCCGUCGGGUACAGCAGGGUCCUCAAGGCGCUGUGCAGGCCCUGACUCAUCCUCACCCUCCCCCGCCUCAGCCUCUGCCGCUCCACGUGGUGCAGAGCUUGUGCAGAGCCUCAAACUCGUGAGCCUGUGCCUAGGCUCACAGCUGCAUGGCGCCAAGUACAUUCUGGACCCGCAGAAGGCCUUGUUCUCCAGCGUGAAGGUGCAGGAGAAGUCCACGUGGAAGAUGUGCAUCAGCGCCCCAGGCCCCAGCCCCUCUGCUGACCUUGACCCGGUGAGGACCAAGAAGCUGAGGAACAACGCGCUCCAGCUACCUCUGUGCGAAAAGACCAUCUCCGUGAACAUCCAGCGCAGCCGCAAGGAAGGGCUGCUCUGCGCCUCCAGCCCCGCCAGCUGCUGCCAUGUCAUCUGACCUGUAAAGCGCGCUCACUUCAUCUGUUCUGACGUGACAAUGCAUGGUCUUUGUGCAUGCUGCUACACGCUACUUUUCUUUUCCAGCCGAAAAGUCUACUGUGUGAUUUUACAUUCAUGAUUUUCAGUGUGGAUGACCAGGAUGAAAUUGUGUUAUCUGGAACCCAACGUAAAUGGAGCGCUUAGAAAUCCAUGUUCUGCACUUAACCUGGAGGGAAAAUGCUUUCGUUUCCUUGUGAAAAGCCCAAAUUCCUGUCUUGACCUCCGGUGAUAGGGAAACUCCAUGCUCUGAGGCACACUGGUGCCCGAGACAGAACCAAAGCAAUAACGUGGUGAUGCCCACAGGCCUGGGAGGAGCAACCCCCGCUGCCAGCCACCCAGGGCCUGUGCACCGAGAACCUUAGAGCCACGGUUUGAGCGCCCACACCUGUUUGUCUUAACCAAUAGUGUGAAAGCAGUUGGGGCUCUUAUCUUUUCACUGACAGAGAUUGUCUUGUUUGUGUUAGGUGAGGUCAGCUCCUUAGCUUUGAGAGGCAGCUUACCCAUAGAAUUACCCAGGAGACAAUCUUCUGUGAGGCAAUGAGGUGAACUCAAGUCUUAACUCUACUUAGAGUGUGUAUGUCUGUCUGACAGAACAAAAAUUAAAAAAAAAAAAAAAAAAAAAAAAAAAGAGGCUCUGUGUAAGUUUCCCCUGCAGGACACAAGGCAGGGUUUCCUUCAAACCUGUGUGGAGAGGAGAAGCGGAGGGCCUGCUGCAGUAGCCACAGUGCACACAGGGGCAGGCAGCAAAGUCAGCACUCUGACGAGGAGGCAGGACAUCCUGAGGUGGUGGUUCAGGAGCUUGGUGGUGAGGUGGCCUCAGGUUUCUCCCAUUUCAUGGCAGCAUUUGGCUCAGCUGUGAAGAGCGGCUGGUAAGAAACUGCUCAGGAAAGGGUAGUGCUUGGAGCCGUCAGUGGCACACUGCUGCCUUCCUGCCACGUGCUGAGCGCGGAGCGCUAGCUUGCCCUCUCCCGCACCGACGACUCCGGACUGAUAGCUAUCUCCUGAGGCAGGCCUCCUCCCUGAUCUUGGGAAGCCCAGAUGCUGGGUUUUCACACGGUGCCCAAGGGAUUGAAAGCAGUGUUUAAGCGGCCUGUGGGGUAGGUGCGGCUGGCCCAGGGUCCUUUCCUCACUCUUCAGCUGCUGCCCUGUUCUGAGGGACAACAGUGCAGCUGAGCAUGUGUCUCAGAGCGGGCAGGGCACAGGCCACCACUUCCUUCAGUGCUCAGUGACUGCUGCUUUAGGUUAGUGUAUAUUACUCAGAACUUCACAGUGUAACCUGACUUUACUAAGUAAAAUGAUACUUAAGCUACUUCCUAGAGCUAGCUAACUGCUUGUGCUUUAAGCUGCAGUCCCAUUCAGUGUGACAUUCACAUAGUUGAGAGCUGUGAGGGGAGACGUGGGUGAAGCCAUAGAGCACAUUUGCUUGAAAUUCUUAAGCAGGGAUCUUCCAAGGGCCAGAAACCAGCGUGGUUCUCAGAGACGGAGCCACGUCUGUGUGAGCCAGGAGAGAUGUCUAUAGGGGCAUUGCAAUAAACUGUCGCAGCUGUUUCCCAAGUAAUGUACAUACUCUUCUGUGGUCACGGCCAGCCUCUGAGCGGCGCCUCUGCACUCACCCGUCUGCGUUUGGUCUCCAGUGGUUUUCUAUUCAGGUGUAUAUACGGUGCUCACUUUAGAUCAGCAGUGUCGGCCAUUUAUGCUGCAGAGCUGUGUCAUAGCCUUAUUAGUUGUGUGUGGUUGGUGACCCUCUGGGUACACAAUGUCUGUUGAGUGCUGUCUUACCCAUUUGUUGACAAGUGGAUGUCUGUGCAUGUGUUGUGUGUCACGGGGUGUCGUCACAGUGUCACGGGUGUCGUCACAGAGGGAAGGAGCAGAACCACCACACCCAUAGUGGACCAAACUACGUCCUUGCUGUAGCCAGGGACUCGUCCCCUAGCCGAGUUACAGUAGUGUAUAAUUAAAUAUUGUGGGAAAGUUAGUCUUGUAUUUUUCUGUGUGUAUAUAUAUAUAAUUAUGUACUUCUGGAAUUCUAUCUGUAUUUAAAGAUGUGACAAUCUUGACACCAAUUUUAAUAGUCAUGAGCCUGAACAAAGAUGUCCUAGAGCCAGAGUUGGUAUGUGCUGAGAACACAAACUUGUCAGCUAAUUGGUCAGAUGCCUCUAGUUCUGACCAGUCUUUUUCCUUGUGUGAACAUUGACAGGUAUGUGACAGAUGGGAAAUAAUCCAAUAAUAAAGUGACAUACUGAUGUUCAGCAAUA